GCACUUACUAGAAUAAAGCAUGACAUUUCCGGGAAUAAUGUAAAUACUGAUUAAAUUCAGCGGCAAUAUGCUUCGCGUGGCACUUCUGCUUGUGUCCAAAAGCUAGAAUGUUGUUUCUCGUCUUAGCGUUGACUCUCAUUUCCAGCUUUCAGGAAACGAAGCAAGCUGUCAUUAAUCCGUCAAAUCUCGACGCAAAUGGGUAAGUUGUGCCUCUGCACUUCCUUAGAAGAAAUUUAUCUUGAAAUUUGUGAGCAAACAUCUCGGAAAGCAAAAAGAUAAUAACAGUUUGUUCAUGUACAAGCAGUUUUAAAACAGGGGUAUAUAACUAUUUCAAGAUAAGUAGUAAGGGCCGUGAUGUGCAAUCUUUACGAAGCUUUACUUUCAGGACGGUAUUGUUUAAAUUAGUUCUAGACUCAAGGCCUUGCUUUUACGCGGUUCAAGAAAAUGUCAUUAAACAAAAUGGAGUAGACAAGAUCAUUGUGGGUCCUUGGCAUUUUAACCAGGUGGGAACGGUUUUUCGACUCCCAGAUGGCUCCAAUAUUUCAGUCAUCUCUUUUGUUCCUUUUCAUCCUCAAUACCGUGGUGUAAGCAUGGAUACGUUCGACAUCGGUACGAUACCGAUAAUCUAUCACAACAAUCCGAUAUGAAUUCUUUGUCUAUGUCAGGACAAUUUCUAGCAGCUAGUUAGAGCUUGUAGGGGCUUAGGGUAUUUUUGUUUUACUUUUGAAUCAGCGCCAAUAAUACACUUGGUAAGUGAUUUAAAAAUGAUAAACUUCUUGCCGACAAUUUCGCUCAGCAAAACCACCAAUUAUCACUUGAUAUGGUCGUACCGUGACGACACUGUCUUGAUGCAAACCUACGAGAUUAGUGGACUUAGGCCUGGUUUAGACGCCGUACUUUUCAUGUGCCGAACCUGACUGAAUAAGUUCGACUUUGGAGCGACACUGGCGCGACAUCUGAUUCAGACCGCGUACCGUGUGUCGAACCUAAGUUAAGUUCGACAAAAGUUCGACAGACUCUGUCGAACUUAACGCUUUUGCCGCACCAAAUUAAAACUGCCGUACCAAAUUGAUUCAGUCGCCGCUCUUUUACUGUACUUAAUUCAUCAGUUAGGUUCGGCACAUGAGUGGAGCGGCGUCUGAACCGGGCCUUAGUUCACUUCCUAUUCUAGAAAGGCAAUUUUCUUGUCAUCUUCAUUUUAGGUUGGAUUCAUUUGCAACAUACGCGUAUAGCUGUUGCAUUUUCUCGCUGGAAUUUUUAUUUUUUUAAGCCUAAAGUUAAUCUCCUUCAACACCUCGCACGGUCUGAAUCAGAUGUAACUUCUAUCUUCCGCGGGACGUUGAACCGUCUUUGUGAUUUCAAACAUUUUUAGGUUCGCUUCAUCAGAUAUAACGAAAAACCAAACGUUUUAAAUUUCACUUUGCUGACUGAAGUUAACUGUAAAAAUGCAUGUAAAUACCGAUAAACGAAAGUAAAGCAAAAUUUGCAUCUCCCGAUUAUAAGAUUUCUUCCACAUUAACCGACUGAAGUGGUUGCAAAAAGAUUAAUAUUGAACAAAACAAGGUUGAUUAUUUAUAGCCCAAUAGAAAUAGUUUUUUAUUGGAAAAUAAUGUCAGAGGGAAAUGUUACUAAGGAAAAGGAAAUGUUUCGUGCUCCACUGUUUGACGAAAGGGAAAGAAGUUAAUAUGCAGUAGGUCUAGUAGCCUGUCAUUUUUCACCUAGAGACUAGGCAGUCAAAUUUGAAGGUAAAUACACGACGGUGAAUUUCAAGCCGCGAUAUACAAUAGAUUCGAACCACCUUGACCGAUCGGGAAAAUGGUUCAAACAAGGAACUUCAAUGAUUAGCCAGAGGUAUACAAUGUUGGUGGUUCAAAUAAUCACAACUUUCGAUUGUUUUAUCGCAAGAAAGCCAGUAACUGUAGUCGACUUAUUAUAUCAUCAAACACAGAAUCAGUUUUUGAUAUUUUCAAUGGAAAAUAACUUUUAAUCUGAUGAUUUCAAUGCUCGAUAGUUUCCCAGAAAUGGCUAGACACAACACGCAAAUAUUCGAAAACUCUUUAUUAACAAACUUAAAUAAACAUUAUUCAGGUUCAAAUUAUUAAAUAUGGCUAUUAGAUGAUUUGUUUUGUAAUACUUAACUGAAAAACAACAUAAUUUUUAGAAAGGAAAAAGUAGUUAUCAUUCCUGGGCCCUCGUUUUCCAAUAAACAGGAAAAGCGGGCUUCACUUUCAUAAGAACAAAGACGUCUUUGUCGCAGCAGCAUGCCUCGGCACAUUUCCGGGAUAAAAGGGAAGAUAAUAAAUAAGUUUGUUUGUCUUUGGGUAGAGUUAGUUCAGACUCAGAGCCACCUAGUGGGACACUGUUAUUAUUAUUGAACACAUCUUUUUUGAAGUACAUGGGAAAAUAUAUACAGUCAAGAUGGUCGUUAGGAUGAAUGUUUUUGUAACAAAUUAAAGCUAUUGCGUCAUUAUUGCAUUCAGCGCUAGGAGAAUGCAUGCAACCUCGUACAACGGUUUACCUCUAUAAAACGGAGACCGGCAAGCACAUGGAAAAAUCGCAAAUAAGAGAUACGAGAAUCCAUUACAAGGUGUAAAGAAUACACCUUGUAUUACACCUCCGUUUUUAGCGAUUAACAAUGUAAUCAAUUAACAUAUAUGUAUUGAAUUGUAUUAUUCUACCUUGGGAUUUCAAUCUAAACAACGUCUACUUGCUCUUUUUUUUUUUUUUUCGCAAGGCCCUUUCGCUUGGCCGUGAAUAUGACGAACUGAGUUUCACAAAUAUAGCUAAUUAAGCGAAGGUUAUCGUGAUAAAUAAUUGACUGACUAUUGCUGAUUGGCGAGGGGGGGUGGGCGAGUAAUGCUAAUCGGCUAACUACUAUUCAAUACAACUGAAUGAAUGACUGAGAACUGAGCUUACCCUUUUAAACUGACUGAUAAACUGAUCAUGACUACCCUCCUAAUAGUGACUGAACAAUUCUUUAGGCAACGUGAAAAGGGAUUUUAACACGUCGCAUCAUGUUGAGGCUAAUUCUAUAUCUGAACCUGAGGCUUUUAACCAGUCUCUCCCAAGAUCGGGAAAGCAUUAUUAAAUACUUAUAACUUUUUUACAGGCAGAACGUGUGCUCCAGGCAGACUGUACAAAAACAGGCAUACCAGACGGUCACAGCAACCACAACCAUAACUACAAGCUGCAGCGGUUGGUGGUUGUGGCGUAGAUGCUCUUCACGGUAAGCAAGAAGUUUGUAACAACACUGAAGUAGUGCGGUAUUGGCAACAACAUACUAACAAAUAUCGAUGUAUAUACGAUGUGUAGUGUGUUGUUAAGUGUGCAGUGUCUACUAAAAAGAAUUUCACGUUGGCUAUUUUCACCUCAACUUUCACAACUUAACCUAUUUGCUGACACUGUGUGCCGUCACAAUGAUUCCACGAUGCACAGGGUCGACCAACAACUGCUCUGGUAAUCAUUUUUUGGCUUGACAAUGCAUUUUCGUUUAAGGUGCUCUAUGUCACGCAGUUAAGACCCGUUAAUGGUUGACAGCCAUUGCAUCGAAGACUAUAGGAGAUACAGGCUUUCGUUAUCUUACACGCCUCCAGUUAUUUUCUGAGACAGAGGAAGAAAAUGGGGAACUCUGAGACUGAAUAAAGGGUGUAGUUUCUCUCCCCAGUGGUUUCAAAGGUGAUUUGACAAAAGCAGUUCCCCAAAGAAUCACAUACGAAACAUGCGUUAUAUCUUAUUUCAUAAUUUUGUUUUAUCUUCACUUUAAGGUAGUUGCAUGAAUUAAACAGCGAUCAAUGUUUUCUUUUUAAAAUCUCAUUUCCGGGGCUUAAAUCACGCCCUAACCGCCAGAGGUAUAUUUUUAAUUUGUUCUCGGUACGUUUGUCGGGUAUAGUACUGUGCCGACUUCAUUUCCUAAGCCUCGCUUAUAAACAGCUGGCGUUUUUGCCUCCUGCUAGAUGGGAUUCGUAACCUUGCUAUGCUUAUUUCACUUGAUUCCUUUCAGUUAUUUGCUCGGUCCAGCUAGCCUUUGUAUUGUAAAUUGUAAAUACUACGGCGGAUUAUUACCCCUGCUAGGGUUUUGAUUUGCAUCGGUAACAGUUUAUUAACAUUGUUCUAAUCUCGUUUUGUUCCUUGUGUUCCUUGAAAGACCAAGAACAGCCUACCGCUCUGUUCAGAGAACAAGAACCAUCUCUGUGACAGUCAUCUAUUGCUGUAGUGGAUGGCAGAAAGUUUACUCCAGUUCGAGAGAAUGUAGACAAGGUACUAACCAAAGGCGAUUUUGAGUGAAGCACGUCAGUCGGAAGAAGCUGUUUUGUAUUCUUGUGCAGUGGUUUUGCCAAAAUUUUCAGGCAAAUCGCCUCUAUAAGGAAAAAGACACUUAGCGAUACAAAUUUGGUAUCGUCAAGGCAUAUUUAAAAGGAAAAGGGCUCACUUCUGGUCGUAUCCUGCGAUGAGGCGUUCUUUUUUCGUGGAAAUUGCUUAAAUCGGCGGACGGAAAAGGGGAGGAAAACUUUCCUUUUCGCCUCCCAUAAAAAAGGGAAGAAGGAAAGCCUGAUUGCAGGUUAUUCCUGUUGACGUGCGUCGCUCAAAAACGCCUUUGCUCGUUUGGAAUUGUUUGUUUGGUUCAUGUUUCUGCGAACGUGACGGUGAACAACGUUCAAUAGCAUUCCUGUUAUUUUGAUCUUUCUGACCAAUAAAAACUCCUCGUUAAUUUAUUCCGUCAUAAUCUGUGAACAAAAGAACAAAGGACAGUGCACCGUCAGGGAGUUCCGAAUGAUAUACAGCUAUUUCGAGAAAGGUUGUCGAAAAAAGUGCACGCGACAAUCCCGAAAGUUAUCGUGGGUGGCUUUGAGGGCAAUGUUCUUCAAAGAAAUCUAAAAGAAUGGGACGGGAGGCCACGAACAUAUGUUUGCGAGUACUAAAGGAAAGCAACAAAAGUAGGUUCGACAGCUUCGGUCGUUACAAACAGUGUAUUGAUCAUAUCCCAUAUUACCUUUCGGGAUUGUCGCGUGCGCAUUUCUUCCGACAAACCUUUCUCGAAAUAGCUGUAUAUCACAGCUGCACUGUUGUUUUUAUCAGCUUUGAUGUUUGCCGUCUUUCGCAAUUCCAGACCUCCUACCAGUAACUAAUGUAUGCUCUGAUUAUCAGUUCCCUAUAAUCAUGUUAACCACUCUAUAUAAAAGUCCCAAAUUCUUCAAACUGAAUGAUGAUAAUCUUUAUUGAGGAUGCCAGCUUUAUCUAAACCAGUGAUUUACAGGAGGGUCCUUUUAGACUAAAAUCACUAAUAAAAAUAAUGAUUAUUAUUUACAAGUUAAAAGUUCAAAAAAUUUGGUCGGGCAGUGAAAAAAAAAACAGUUUGGUUUUCUCAACUAAGUCGAUACAAUCAAUUUACCGUCUUAAAAUGGAUGAAAAUUUGACGUUUUUAACGCAAGCCGUUAGUCAGAGCAAAAUAUUUGACGGAAGGUAAGAGCUCAAAGUAACUCCCAUGGAGAGCCUACAUUUAAAUUUAAGAUACAUGAAUACGUGACGCGGAAUGCGGUGUGGUUUUUGAGUUACUCAGUCCUAGAGGGUGUCGAUUUUGAUGAAGAGAUCCUAAUUAUGUUGUAAUGAAUAAUUUGAAGGAUAAUCUUCUACUUGAUCCAGGAUUAUAAACUAAAUAUUAGCAGAUAAUUUGCUUCAAUAUUCCCUUUUCUUUUCCAUAUAUCAGCGAUAUGUUCUCAAGGAUGUCACUCCAGUCAGGGGAGCUGUGUUGCACCCGAUAACUGCCAGUGUCAAUCCGGUUGGACUGGUAACAACUGUGCGCAAGGUAUUCUAACUUUCCCACUGUUUGCAUUGUAUUCAGAAAUGUACAUGACUCGGACCUCAUCUACCUCAUAUUACUCCCAAUUAUUUGUAAUUUUAUAUGGCAUCAUGUUUCACAGAAUUGCUCGCGUUUAGGUGUGGUAGGGGCUUAGGAACACUUCGUACAUCACGCCAAAGGGAUGCAUCUCAUAAGCGUUAUCGGGCAUGACUUACAGCAAGGCCUCAGUCUUGUUCAUAUCGGUAAAACACUGAGACGAAAAUGAUUUUUUUCCAUGUUUUUCAUAACCCACGCCACCUUCUUCACCAUUGUUAUCAUUGUCAUCAUCUCCUUGGUUAUCCCGUUGUGUUUAUCCAUUUUCGCGUUUUGCCUCCACUUUUUUCCUAAAAUUUAUUUUCAGAUCCCGUGAUUAUUGACUUACUUUCUUAUAUUCUUUUACCUAUGGUAUCCAAGGAUGUGCACAAUAUUGCAUACUUUGCUUAAAAAAUAGAUCGCCGGUUUAAAUUCAAGUGGCUGAUUUUGUUAAGUUUAAAUACAUUUUUUUUUUUGCUCCAUAGACUUAGAUGAAUGUGCUGUAAACAAAGGUGGAUGCGAUCAAGUGUGCACUAACACACAGGGUUCUUAUCAGUGCAGUUGCAAUCCUGGAUACACCAAAAGUGGUCAUCGAUGCCAUGGUAUAUUCACUAUUGUUAUCACUUUUAUAACUGGCAGAUCGCUAUAUAUUUUACUUCAAUUUUAACACUCGCAAAUCUGAAAAGAAUUCCCUUUCUGUAACAUCUAGAUCUAAAUAUACGUUUCAAAUUUUCUUUUUCUGUAUAAGAAAUACUCUGGUACUUUUCUUAGCCCUUCAUGUUAUGAGUUACACACACGAAUACAAUAAAUGCGAUUCUAUGCCAGCAAAUUAAGCUCUAAGCAUUCGAAACAUUCGAAACCGUUUGCCUUAAUUGUUCAAGUAAGUAAAGGCAAACUUAGUAAAACUAUUUUAUCAAGCCUAGCGCAGUCUUAUUGAUCAUCGUAGAGUAUUGGUAAUCUGGGACGCAGUCAACCUCGCUCCCAGAUUCUCUUCUUUCCUUGGCAACGAGGCUCGGACGCAUCACUUUUCUUUCCCUGGUAACGAGGCUGGCGUGCAGUGAUAUAGUGUCUUCUCUACAUAGUGUUACAAAAUGCAGCAUAACAUGGUCUAGUUAAUAGGCCAAGGGUUCCGGUGGCACGCUCCAUCAAAAAUUCAUGGAGUACCUUACCCAGGUUUUCAAUCGAGGCGAAUUACUUUCUUUUAUGACUAUUGUUCAUUUCCUCCCAGAUAUCAACGAGUGCCUGACAAUAGUUCCCAGUCCCUGCAGUUGCGGUGUAAGCGGCGAGCCUUGUGGUGCGAACUGUAUCAACCUUGUGCCCAGCUUCACUUGUUCCUGUGCACCAGGAUUCCAGCUUAGAAGUGGUGGAACAAUUUGUGACGGUAAAAACUACAACUUUCUUGUGAGAAGAAAGUGUUUUUCUAUGUCGAAUGUGUUAGGGGUGUCAAUAAAUGUCUUCUUUAAUUUAUUUUGAUAUCAUCCUAUAAUAGUAUCUAGGAAUUUCCAGCUUCCGAAUCUCACUGCAAUUUUUUUUUUCUUUUGUGACUAAAUAGUAAGAGGUCGAUAUUUUAAAAAGUACUUUAAUUUCUGGAUUCUCAAUCUCAGUUCACCUGACAAAAAAAAAACAUUCUGUCUCUGAAUUUGUUCUUCAGAUAUCAACGAAUGUUUAACUGGGAAUGGAGGAUGCGAACAGAUUUGUAACAACUUUCCAGGGAAGUUCUCUUGUGGAUGUUAUCGGGGCUUUCGCGUGACAGCCAGUGAUGAAAGCCGAUGCGAAGGUAAAGAAAAAUGGAAAGACUUAAAAGUUGCAAUGGGUAACGUGAAGUCUCUCAGUCCCUGAAAUGACCUACUUGGAAAUGAAUUGAUGAAAAUUUGAUUAUCUCUGUCAAAAAUUGAUUGGAGAGAUUAUGGCCUCCUGACUUGUCCAGCAAAACUAGCGACCGCAUAACUGAAAACGAAAAUCUUUAGAUUCAAAACAAAUCAAAAUCCCUUGAUCAUGCUUUCGAUUUCAGGUGACUGGAGUUGUUGUAGGAGUUCUCAUUCGCAACGCUUUUAAAUAAUGUAUUCGUCUUGUGCCAUUUGCGGAAUUGUUUUUGAACUGGACAUGUUAUAAUGUCUCAAGGGAAAUAUUUCUUUUUUUUUUUUUAUUAAUUUCGUAAAGCCUCAAAAGGAAAGACAGAGGGUGUUCAAUUAAAUAUUCAUUUAUUCAAUGCAAGCCCUGCACCGAUAAGAAAUGUUUAACGGUUUAUCGAUUGCUGUCAAUGCUCUAGACUCGAGAAAAUAUUUAUUCAAGUAACUACAGGGUGCCUGGUACUUGGUUAAAAAGGCUACGCCCUGUUCGGUGGCACCGGUAUUGGCACACAAUCAAAUGUAUACUUUAAAAUCUCCCGUUAACGUUUCAUAUUCAGUAUGCCCUCGCAGAAGUACCAUUAUAAACAGCGUAUUUGUUUCACCUGCAGACAUUGAUGAAUGCUUGUCCAGUAACGGGCUUUGCGCUCAACAGUGCAUCAAUACUGGAGGCUCGUAUUCAUGCCGCUGCACUAAUGGAUUCGUUUUGGAUUCAAAUGGCAGAACUUGCUCAGGUAAUUUUUACAUGCUCUUUCUCAGGAUGACGUUAUUUGACUUAAGCAGCCAAUUAAACCUUAUUUCGCUUGCUGCUCCUUAUCUACAUUUAUAGAGUAGUACCAAUGAGUUAAACAAGAGCCAUUGUGGAGUUUGUCUCGGGAACAAUUUGAGAUGUAAGAACAUGACGAGAGGGAUGCUGUUGUUAUUGGUUCGAAUUAAUAAAAGUUAAAAGGAAAAAGAUUGACAAAAGUGUAUCAGUUCAGCAUCUUUCAUGACAAACAAAAGGAACGUAACAACUGACUCAAGUUGUUCUUUUAUUAGAUAAACUGUAGGUGGAAUGGGCUUUAGACUUUGCAGAUGUAUCCAAUACAGCUAGACGUACAAUUCUUCUAUAAUAUAUAGAGGAUAUUACAUGGCCGUGUGGAGAUACGAAAUUUCUCUUCGAGUGUCGAAAAAUAUUUCACGAGUGAGCGCAGCAAAUAAGUGAAAUAUUUUUUCAACACGAGAAGAGAAAUUUCGUAUCUCCAAGCGGCCAUGUAAUGUUCUAUUUAUUAUAUAAACACCAAUGAAAUACCAAACCAUUUCACUUUAGUAGUUUUUUAGUGUGAAAGGCGCGAGUUUAGCCAUAGCAAAGGUGAUAUUUUCACAUGUGAAGAUAUCAAGUUCUCGCGAGAAAGCUCACUUGGUAUUUCAUUGGUGUUUAUAUAAUAAAAAAGAAUAUUAUAUUACAGGAAGUCAACACAAUCUGUGACAUUGCAAAAAGUACAAUUGUCCAUCGUGAAAUGAAACUUUUCUACGUCUAUUUUUUGGUAUGGCUUUCACUAGACCAGUUUGUUCCCCCGUCCCCUCCCACCAACAAGUUUACUUAUUUUAUCCUCGCUACGGGUCUGACUCUUUUUUAUUAGUUAUCGCAGCAGAGGCGUAAUCGAUUCUGACAGCCCUACUUGUUUGGCCUAAAAGGUGAUACAAAUGAAUCUCUAGUCUUGCGCUUUCCAAACUUAUACCAAUUAUCAUGGGCUCAUUCUAUAUCUUUAUGAUCACUGAACGUUGUAAAGGGAACGUGGGGGGUACCCCUCGUCUAAAGCUAUAUGAGAAAGUAAUGAAUGGCACCAAAAAGUCACCCAUAUUUUUUCUGACUUGGAUUUUAGAUCAUGAUGAGUGUAUGUCGAGCCAUCAUGGAUGUCAGCAUCGGUGCAACAAUUUUCAUGGAAGCUUUUUCUGUUCAUGUUUUUCUGGAUAUGCGAUAAACAGAGACAAUAAAACUUGUUCAGGUAUGCGUUCGAAUUGUGCAUGUCAAAAGGAGCAAACUAAUAACCAAUAAGAGGUUGGACUCAAAAUUUUUAUCGGUAAGGUAAUUGACGAGUCAGCUAUUAAAAAGAACGACAGAUAGUGAGUCUGCUUACUGUAGCAAAAAUCUACUUUCUGUUGAUUCUUAUGAAGUAUUUCUUACCAAAAACGCCGAUUUCCUUUACUCACUAUUUUUGCGCUGAUAAACUGAGCUAGUACGUUAGCUAAUGAUACUAAGUGAAAGGCAAUGGAAUUAUUGCAUGGGUUUACUCAUAGUUGAUAAACGUUAUCUCCGAAAAAAAAUCGCGUACAUCAAUAAUUUGAUGCAAAAAAUUGCAAAAUGGGAACGUUAGAAUAUCACGUUUGGGAACAACAGCGUGGCCAAGAACAGAGUUGCAUUGGGCCAUUUUGGAUGUCCUUUCAAGACCCCCUGCAUAUGGUAAUCAGUAACAGAUAAGUAAAAUUAACGUACUUUACUUCUUUCAGACGUGAAUGAGUGUGCUCCAGUGUAUGUGGCCAGCCUGAACAGAACCAUUAUUCCUGCUGGAUGCGAUCAACUUUGCCACAACACACAAGGGAAUUACACCUGCAGUUGUAACCGUGGAUACCGUCUGCUCUACGAUGGAAAACGAUGCCGAGGUAUUAUUUAAGACAUUUGUAAACCCCAUAACGCCUCUGUUUUUCAUUUACCUGGUCGAUCUCCGGCAGAUAAUUGCUGUGAUCGUUGAACACAAACAAUUAACUUUAAUUUUUGAACAACACAGAUGUAGACGAAUGUCUCUUAGGAAGCCACUCUUGUCAGCAUAUUUGCCACAACACACCUGGAUCUUAUGGUUGCUCGUGUUUGUCCGGAUACAGGCUCAAACCGGACAUGAAAACCUGUGAAGGUGAAGGCCUUAAGUUUUCUUUCUGAUCUUGAAUAAAAUAUAGUCUUAAAUGCUGCCUGACGCUUACACCUUGCCUCCUUAGUAUAACCCACCGUAACACACUGCGCGAAACGGGGAAGUAAAUAUCUACAACCGACACACAGGGUCAAUGUUGUAUGUGACAUUAAGAGGCGGCUGGGGGUGUGAUGUUAAAAAAAGCGCCACAUACGCAAGAAUUGUCCCAAGACUUUUUUCAGGAUUGUAAUAUUGUCACAGGCAUUUGUUACUAGAGGUGCAACACCUUUUAAUAACAACUAAUCCAACCUUAUGCUGAAACGAUGAUUUAGGAUUCUCAUUGGAAACUGAGGAUUCCAGUCGGAUUCCAGUCGUCCUUGAGCUACAUACCGGAUUCCAAAGCCAAGUACUCAUUCUCUUUUCCACAAGAAAAAUUUCCUACAUUCCGGAAUCCGGAUUCCCUUACAUUGGGCGAUAGGGAAAACUAAUCCUUGUCCAAGCAGCCAGCCCAAAGACCUAAAAAAGACUUUCUUCUGAUAUCCGACACUAGGCUUUGUAACAUUAAUCCUUUCUUUUUUUGAGAAGGGCUUCCUUGCGAGGCUAUCAAGGCCCCACCUAAUGGACACAUGAUAUGUAGCGGCUUGGUUACCAACGAGACAUGUUUGUUUUCCUGCAAUGAUGGCUAUGAAAUGCAAGGCUCUGAAAGACGAACCUGCCUGAAUUCUGCAGAAUGGGACGGUGAUGAAACAUUUUGCAAAGGUGAGCAAAGACGUGGUCUCUGUAAAACUUAUCCGUAGUUAAACUGUUGUUUACAGCCUAUACUGUUAAAAAACGAGAUAAGGCCAUCAGAAUCUAAGCUUAGCCAUAUCUGACUGGAAAAUAAGAGCGUUACUCUUCAUUGGGUAAUUGUUAUGCAAUGUUCCCAAACAAUUUUCUCUCACCUCACUCUUGUUUUUAUCACCCGUGCACAGUGAAAAGUUGUAGUCGCCUUGACCUACCAGCAAGAGGACAAGUGUAUCUUCCUUGUUACUCUACAUUUGGCUCAAGAUGUACACUUGGUUGUAUGGACGGCUACUUUGGCGUUGGUAGUAAUCUUGCUACUUGCCGCCUGACUAAUUCAAGCGAAGUUAAGUGGGACAUAGGAAACUUUACUUGCGAAGGUUAGUAUUGUUAAUCUUUCAAUAAUUUAUGUGAUAUCAUUCCAGACGUGAAAACCCUGUCCAUUUGAAUCCUUAUAUCGGAUAAAAGUGUUGAAGCCUUUCCUUUUCAUACCAUUAGAAAAUAUUGUCCGCUUUAUAUUUGAGCCAAGACAAGAUGUACAUCUGCCUCUACAGCGUAACCCCUUAAAGGUGGUUAAACAAGAAAAACUGUCGAAAAUUAAGAAAAGUACCUUAACGCUUUCACUUUAUUGAGAAGUAUUCUGCUUCUUUACUCUUCUAUGUUUCUGUUGUUUGAAAAGAUGGAGAUGCGAGCGUUUUGCAGGGUACUUUAGUUUAGAAAUAAUGUUUUUACGUUCAUCGUUAUUUUACAACAUCCCUCCUUGUGUUUUCAUCCCUUCAAUGAAAUGUAGGGACAAAAAAAGAAAGAAAAAGAAGAGACACUUGAAAACUUGGUAGCAUUUGAAUGAUCACAAAAUUUCUAUUUUAUUUCAAAAGAAAGGAUAGCCAACUACAUGCUUCCUUUUUUUCUCAGAGAUAAUCCUCUGCAAACCUAAUCCUUGUCGUCAUGGUGGCCAGUGCAUAGUUAUCAGUUCAAGACAAUUUUCUUGCGAUUGUGAGCAGACUGGAUAUGAGGGAAGCCUGUGUGAAAGGGGCGUUGUAACGCCUCCUGAUUUCCCCAAACUGAUUCCUGGUCAUCCUUCAAAGACACUGGAGAUGGGUGCAAAGCCAGAAAAUUCAUUGACAGUUCAUUUAAAUCCCACCCUGAACUUGACCAUUCAGCCUGAGAAGUUGAUAAUUCAGCACCCGGCAUCAAAGGCAGAGUUUCAAAUAACGGGUUACAAUUCUGCGGUUGGAAUGGUGACGUAUAGUCUUGAUGGAGUGAACAAGUAUGAUUUCACGGCUCCACGCAAAAGCGUUGUAUUUAUAGGCCGAAAUGUCUCAAGUCAGGAUAGUGUUUACACCAGGCUUGGUUUGUUAGCGGGCGAAUUACCAGUUGGAUGUCAACGGAUGGACAUAAAGAAAUUCCGAGCAUGUGAUGUCAAAAUAGCUUUUCAUACAAACAUAUCCAACAUAUCAACUCCAACUUUAAUUGAAUCCGGUCCAGUCCACAUUAUAACAUCUAACAACGGGACGAUCCCUCUUAGCUUAGCAGGUUAUGACUUUUCUUCGCCAAUUCCAUUAGAAAAAGAUAUAAUGGAAAGAUUGAUUUGGCUCACAAGCCUAUCAGAUCGAUGGCAAGUCAGCAACCAAAGGUCAGAUUGUUACAAUAUCGGUUUAACAGGAGAAGACCUCAUUGAAAUUAUACAAAAAGAUGCCUUCUCGAAGUCUUUUCUGAGAUUCUUAACGGAUCAAUUGCCGUUGUGGUUACGAUUUCGGGUUAGAGAGGAAAGUAACCUGUUCGAUAUAGGAAACGUACAGUCCAACCUUUUUCUAACAACGGAUGCCCACCUCACUUACCCAAUAUGCAAGUUUCCUGUCCACAUACAAACCGCGUUGGUCCUUUAUCAUCCAACGGUGAAUUUUAACAUCUCAGUUGAAAACAGUCAUCUUUCCUUGUCAAGCAAAGGAUCGUGUUUCGCAGCUGACAUUUGUGAACCAGGGGUUUUCCUAACGUUAUCCAAACGGGCAAGGAAAAAAUUUGCAACCAUGCAAUUUAUGCAAGACCUGACUUUGGGAGGUUGGGAACUUCUGGUGUCUUCCUUUGGUUUUACUACUCCACGAAGAUACAACAGGUCUGUAAGCAGUGUACCAAACGGCCACUUGUUUCGAAAUUUCUCCGAUUUCUAUUAUAACUGGUGGUGGCAAGGAAGUGCAAACAUCGAUAUGAGUAACGAGGAUCAGGCUGUAAAUAUGAAAAUGAGUGGAGAAGCCUUUGCUUUAGCGGAAAACUUAGAUGCCGUAAGUAUAGCGUUUCCCUGAGCUGUUAGCUUUGAGCAAAACACAACCUCCACCUUUCUUUUAUUGUUUUUCAAUUUGCUGCAGCAUUUUCCAUAGGCUGUUAAAAAGCUCUAUGGACAUGAUAGUUGUACUUCUCCGGUCUACUUCAUGACCGUAAACAAACCCCUUUUUUUCAUUGUGUUCUCUCGUAGGUAUUUACCAGUUAUUUCUCGGAGCCAAUAGGAUUUGUCUUCCAUGGAUCAGUUGAAUUUAACGUCACCCUUCACAGCCUUGGAGAAGUAUUUCCUGUAACCUUUUACUCUAGCGACGUUAUUGGGAAAGCAACUUUUGGAGGUGCAAAAAACUUCUGUUGAUAAACUAUGGUAGUAUGAAUUUUAAUCUGUGAGGAAAAUCACUUCGUAAAUGACAGACUAGUAUCUCAUUGCUGUUUUUCUUCGCAUCACUUGAUUACUGCUACUAUAUAGUAGAUCUGGUUGGUGAUGAUGACUAAAUAACCAUAUUUGGUCCGUACAGAAGUCCGUACCCACAAGAUUUACCAGUCAGUAGAUUAAAUAAUUUUCUAAGAUAAAAAGAGCAAGAAAUAAAUCAACUAGAUUGUAAAUCUACUAAAAAAUUCGUUAACAGUACAUGUUUUAAAUUUUGAAUAUAUGAAAAUCACAUAUGUGAACUGCGGAGUGAAGAAUUAUUAGAAGGAAGAUCAUCGCAGUUAUGUACACAACUUAUGCAGUUGGGAAAAGAAAGCCUGAAAAAACUCAGAAUUGUACGGAAUUAAAACCCUUGACCUCGCGAUACCGGUGUAGCGCUCUACCAAUUAAGCUAACAAGCCAACUGGGAGCAGGUCGUCGAAUUGGUUAGUUAUAAACCCGUGAAAGGAUGAUGAUGAAAUUAUUAAUAUAUGAAAAUCAUAUUCCGUUCCUGCUCCCAGUUGGCUCAUUAGAAUUAAUUGGCAGAGAGCUGCCCCGGUAUCGCAGAGGUCAAGGUUUCGAAUCCCGUACAAGAGUUUUUUUUUCAGGCUUUCUUUUCGCAACUGCAUAAGUUGCUCAUAUAACUGCGAUGAUAUUUCUUCUAAUAGUACAUGUUUUCUCUUUCGAUGUCGCAGGAAGAACGUUAUUGUCACCGGGUUUCAGUGAUGAUUGCCGAGUGCCUCAGGGAUUCGUUUUCGCUCUUGAACAAUCCUCAAANUUUAAUCUGUGAGGAAAAUCACUUCGUAAAUGACAGACUAGUAUCUCAUUGCUGUUUUUCUUCGCAUCACUUGAUUACUGCUACUAUAUAGUAGAUCUGGUUGGUGAUGAUGACUAAAUAACCAUAUUUGGUCCGUACAGAAGUCCGUACCCACAAGAUUUACCAGUCAGUAGAUUAAAUAAUUUUCUAAGAUAAAAAGAGCAAGAAAUAAAUCAACUAGAUUGUAAAUCUACUAAAAAAUUCGUUAACAGUACAUGUUUUAAAUUUUGAAUAUAUGAAAAUCACAUAUGUGAACUGCGGAGUGAAGAAUUAUUAGAAGGAAGAUCAUCGCAGUUAUGUACACAACUUAUGCAGUUGGGAAAAGAAAGCCUGAAAAAACUCAGAAUUGUACGGAAUUAAAACCCUUGACCUCGCGAUACCGGUGUAGCGCUCUACCAAUUAAGCUAACAAGCCAACUGGGAGCAGGUCGUCGAAUUUGUUAGUUAUAAACCCGUGAAAGGAUGAUGAUGAAAUUAUGAAUAUAUGAAAAUCAUAUUCCGUUCCUGCUCCCAGUUGGCUCAUUAGAAUUAAUUGGCAGAGCGCUGCCCCGGUAUCGCAGAGGUCAAGGUUUCGAAUCCCGUACAAGAGUUUUUUUUUCAGGCUUUCUUUUCGCAACUGCAUAAGUUGCUCAUAUAACCGCGAUGAUAUUUCUUCUAAUAGUACAUGUUUUCUCUUUCGAUGUCGCAGGAAGAACGUUAUUGUCACCGGGUUUCAGUGAUGAUUGCCGAGUGCCUCAGGGAUUCGUUUUCGCUCUUGAACAAUCCUCAAAACUUUUCAGAGCAAGUCCCUUGGCUUAUAUCAUCAGGCCCGAUGAUGGAUUGAAAUAUCUGCAAAUCUACUAUUCAGUGACUGGUGGUGACGUUAUCUCAGCACAGGACAAUAACAACAACCUGAGGUUUUUGGAAUGGCAGGCGCAAGAAAUUAAACGAACUCUCUUUGAUGUUGGAAGAGCUGUACCUCAACUGCAAUCCAACACAAAGAGGUGGGAGGCAUUGGCAGACGAGAUGUUAGCUGAUGUGACCAAAGCUCGAUACCUUCUGUCUACAGCUUCCGAUUGGCUGGGGUUGAAAGUGCUUGUGAAGGAGCUAGAUGACGACCUUGAUAUCAUAUCUCGCGCGUUUGACCUUCUUAUUUCUAAGUUACAGCCCUACAGGAAUCAAACAAGUAUAAACAGUUUUAUCUAUCGUUUCGUUAAAUUAAGGGCAGACCUUCCCAAGGCUAUCUCUCUUUCUUUCUCCAAGUCUGUUAUUCAGCAGAACUUUAUAGGUUUGCGAUUUCUUUUGACUGCUCAAAUAUGCCACGAGAAGCUCUGCUUUGCAAACAUAGACUCAAGCAUCUGGUCCCUGCAUGGCAACGAUUGUCACACCAACCCAUCACGACAACAAGCCGGCUUACUUGUUGAAGGAACUGCUCUGAAUACUAUUUCUCUUGGUAGUCUAAUAACACUUCCAGCCGGUGGAACGUUGAAAAUGUUCCUAUCGCGUGAUCGUGACCUUGUUUCCACAACCUUUGAGGGUGUUGUUCACCUACUUGGAAUGACGAAAAAAGCAAUGGUAAAAAUUACCGGAAGUGAGUUAUCCUUUGUCAUUUCAGGUGAUAUGUUUGGAGAGUUUGACGCACUGUUAAAUGUCACAGCUCAAAUUGAUAACGUUGUUGACUGGGAUUCCAUAGUAUUUAGAGUGGAAGGUAAGAUGAAUAGGUCGUCACACCUCCAUUCCCUUCUUGAAAAGAUAAUGAAAAAUGAAACUGCUAUGGCGUCGAGUGAUGCAACACAAAGAUUAGCGUACUCCCAUUCAGCAUACAUUGAUGCAAAAAGAAAAGCAGUCUUCGUUAAAGACGUCCUCAAGUCAAAACAGUCAGUUUGGACGAACUGA